AAUGAUACUCUGAUUUAUUUUUUUUAAAUAUUGUGCGCUGAUUGAAGUUUUUUCUAAAUUCCAAUGCUUGUCUUGAUUUUGCCUUCUUGUCCUGUCCUCGCGAUGUGAACUUUGUUCUUCUCUAUUUCAUAGAAACAGUCACAGGUUAAGAACACUGUACUUGUGGCGAUAAUGGUUUGAAAUCAUUUGAUGAACUCAAGCAGGAGUAUAGCCUUACACAAGAGGAUUUUUGGAAAUUUUUGCAAAUUGGGCACUGUAUUAAAGCUACUCGGGGGAAGAACCCGGAUCAUGUGACCAGCAUUCAGGAAUUGGUCCAGGUAACUAGGCAUAAAAAAUGUGGAGCCUCUAAAUUUUAUGUGAUUUUCAGGGAGGCACGAUCACACUCCUGGAGGGGUUGAGACUUUGCUGGGAGAAGGAUGUGGGCGAACAGAUUUCCGAUGAUAGGUGGGUGGAGUUGGUGGCAUCCUGGUAUAAAUGUUCUCGUGAAGCACAAUCACAGCUUAUUCAGUACAAAUUGUUGGACAGGAACCACUGGACCCCCAGUAAAAUGGCAAAACUAAAACUCAAGGACAAUGACACGUAUUGGAGGUGUGAGAAGGAAGUGGGUACGCUUGUACACAUGUUGUGUUAUUACAUGUUUAGUUUAUACAGGUAAUAAUUCAAAUUAUUGGAUUAUAUUAGUAAUAUUCCUAUUAUAAAAGUAUAUGCCAUUCUGUAUCCUGAGUUUUAGUAGCCCAUAUAUUGAUUUAACAUAAAUACCUUUUGUGUGUAUGUAUUCAUUGCACCUUUCUGUUCUGUUUAAUGUUAUUUGAAGCCCAUGGUUAUAAUUAUUCAUAAAUAUGCAGUGUCAUAAUAACUAAAUCUCUGCCGUUUAUAACAAACCAAACCGUUAGAAAAUCGGUAGAAAAUUGAGCAAGUUAUGGUUCUUUAAAAAGUCCAUGUACCACUGCAACACAUGUUAUGGGUGAGCGAGCUGACUGUGGCAAGAUCACGGUGUCACGGUGAUAUAUCGCGAGAACACCAUGUGAUCGUGAGCUUCCGUAGAAGCAGAGCAGGUGUGCGCUGAUUAAUGACUCCGCCGCGCAGAGAGAGCGGAAAUCCUCCGGAGUGAGUGAUGCCUCUUUGAGAUUUAAGCUGACAAAGUGAUUUAGUGUUCCAAACAUGACCAACAAACACGAGGCUCCAAAUGCUGCUGCCAGACUCUCUCAGCUGCCCGUGGUUCGCUCUGCUUGUAGCAAGCUUUCACACAUCUACAUCGACACUAAACACAACCACCCGACCCUGAGGACCAUGUGUGAGACGCUGGAGAGCAGCGUGACGGCUCUCAGUACUGUGGCCAGUGACCGUGUCUCACCUGUCAUUGUUAAGCUACAGCCCCAGAUUUCUGCUGCAAAUGAUGUGAUGUGUAAAAGUCUUGACUGGCUAGAUAUCACCUUUCCUGUGCUUCACACACCUGCAGAGGAGAUUGUCGCCACAGCCAAGAACAAGGUGCAUGAGAUCCAGGGCGUGGUGAGCCUUGUAGCAAACGGGACCAUGGACUGUGUCACAUGGGCGAUGGAGAGGAUGCAGCAUGCAGGUGAUAGGAUGAACAACACUCUGGCAGAGAGAGCCAUCACUGUGGCCAGCAUGGGUCUGGACUCCGCUCUGAACACAGCAGAGGCCCUGGUGGACCAAGUUUUUCCUCCUACUGAAGAAGAGAAAAUAGAAGAAGAAGAAGAAGAAGCGGCGGCAGCUCACUUGGUGCAGGGCUUUGAGGGAGUCACACUCAGGAGAAGCUACGGCGUGCGACUGGCGUCUCUUACUGCCGCGCUGUGUCGGAGAACCUACCACGUGGUUGGGGCCAAGGUUCUCUUUGUUCAGGUGGAGCACCUUCAGAUCAUGUGGCUAAGCCUGGUGUGGAACCUGCAGGGGGUGCCUCAGUACCUGCAGUGUCAGGCUGUGUCCAUGUUUUUCUUUUUCUCUCAGAUUUACAAGUUAAGCUGCCCACCACCUGAACAGAACCAGUCCUGUCAAGUUAGAAGACGUCUCAACGCAACCAGGGCUUUGUCAACUGACAACGAUGUGACACAGGGCUGCCCAAAGGUUUCACCACAGCCCUACCGAACAAGGUCAACAAUGUCUCCCGUUAAAGCGUGCAUGUGUUACUUUAAAUAAAAGGUGUUAAAAUUGGUCCCACAGCUGUCACAUAAUGGUGUAAAAUAAAGUUCUUUGAAAAGUCA